AUGAAGCUAGGUUUGAUUGCGACUCUUUUCACAACUGCACUGGGCAGGCUGGUUCUGACACACUCUGAGAUUGGUGCACACAGGCCACUCCACACUACCAUGCACUCUCAGUUUUAUGAGGUUAGCAGUAGAAGAGUAGACACAGUUCCUGUACUCACAGAUCUUGUUCAGCAUGUGCUUGAGAGGGAUGAGCUUGUGUUUACAGUCGGUCGAAGAGAGUUUGCGCUCCGGCCGCUGGAGUGUGUCAAGGUGAAUGGAAGGACGGGCACGAGCAAGAUUCUCGGCAGAUUUGAGAGGAUGAGCACGUCACACAGCCAGUUGGUUCUGGUGUUCUCGGAUGGGGGCACGGGACAUGAGUGUAUUGUGAAGAUAUCAGCGGGCGAGGAGCCCCCGGGCAUUAACGAGUGUCGGUACAAGACCGUCCUGUAUUUGAAGCUCAGGGAUGCAUUGCAAUCCGAGACAGAGAGAGCCAUUGUGGUGGUGUCGAGCCGGCCUACGGUAGGAUCAAGACUUGCCGAUUUGUCGAAGCAAGGGAUAGAGUGUACAAAUAAAUGA